AUAGAGGAUCCGUACACACUUGACCAGCUGACGAGCCCACGGGUCAACACGCUCGUGGUUCGCCCAUUGGUAGACAGGCUACAUGACCCUGAUGACAUGUCCAUAGUAUACUGCCUCCUGGCCAACCGUCUCCAAUUCCUCAAGGAGCAAACCGCCGCCGAACACCAAAGCGUCAGCCGCGCUCGCGCUACCCUCUGCGAAAUCGUCGCCACUAAAGUUCUCCGCAAGUUCCAUGAGGACAACUCCCCCGAAAAGGCGGGAAGUGCCGGCCUGCUCCGGCUGGCCAACGUCCUGGUGCAAGGCUUCGAUCCCUUCUCGGGUGCCCCCGAAGAUGUUGCCCUGGCCGGCAGAUACACGCAUUGGCCGGUUCAAGAGCGCGGCGGCAACGAGAGGAAGCUCACGGCUCUGGAGCUGGCCAUCUUGUCGGAGAGCAAAACCUUGAUGAGCUCGCCGGCAUGUGUGCGAGUGGUGAAUGCAGUGUACGAGGGCCGAGUUGUGUAUACGCCGAUAUCCUUUGUGGAUAUUCUCCCGGAUCAUUACAAACACCAUCCAGUGUCAUUGUAUGAUCCGCGCAAGGCACCGCUUCUGGAUCACUACAGACUAAUUGUUCCAAAGUGGAGGAGCUUGCUUGACCUGUUUGCCGUAUAUUCGAUGGGAUGGAUUCUUGACGAGUUUGCGUCCAUCAUUGAGCAUGGAUGGGCGGUCCACGCUCAAAAGACGUGGUCAUUCCUAGACGUAACGUUUACAUUCAUCUUCUGCGCCUAUUUCUUCACGCGGAUGUAUGACGUUUGGAUCCCCCUUGCUCCAGGCACAAGCGGCACAAACUCUGCGGCGUUACAUAUCCUGUGCGUUGCAGCUCCGGUACUGCUCACGCGAGUCGCCUUCAGCCUCAUGCCGGACAACAUCGUCUUCAUAUCGAUGCACGCCAUGAUGAAGGACUUUAUGGUGCUAACAUUCCUCACUCUGUGGUGCGUGGGAGGCUUCUUCCUGGCACUGCAGUGGCUGCUGAUGGCAGGACAGGGUGCAGAGCCCAAGUGGUAUACGGUUGCCAAAUGGCUUCUGUGGAUCUGGUUCGGACUCGACGGCACAGGCAUCCAAGAGUCUGUGCAGUUCCACGUCGUGCUUGGCCCAGCCCUCAUCGUGGCGUUUGCAUUCCUGGGCAACACGCUGUUCUUGACGAUUCUGGUUGCCGUCCUCACCAACACCUUUUCGCGCAUCGUGGCCGCCGAAGCCGCCGAGAUUCAGUUCCGUCGAGCGGUGCUCACUUUUGAAUGUGUGAGGAGCGACGCCAUCUUUGCCUAUCCGCCGCCGUCCAACAUCCUGGCUCUCAUCUUCAUGCUGCCCCUGAAGCUUCUUGUCUCGGCACGUACAUUUCACACCGUCCACGUCGCCAUCGUUCGGGUGCUUAAUUUCCCCAUUCUCUUGUUAAUCAGCUUGUAUGAGCGCAACUUGUUUAGAGCCGGCGAAUCAAAUCGCGGCGCCAAGUCGAAUCAGUUUCUCAGAUGGCGUUUCACUGGCUUCAACCCACAUGGCGACAUCGAGGCUGUCUUUGAAGCAGAUCCGCCGCCAGGUGCCACAGACGAGGCUGGUGAGCUGGACGGCCUAAGCGAGCUCGGAUUCACCGACGAUGGUAUCUCCAGGUCUUCGAGAGACAUUAGAAGGCCUGUGGUGUUUAGGCUAAGCAAUUCGAAAAGCAGAGAUGAGACACUGGAGAUGCUGGGUAGAGGAGGAAGUCCCGGGGCGGAGGGGGUAGGAGCUUCUCAAGGGACCGGCGGUUUAUGA